CAGCAGGGCCAGGAGCUGCCCGUGGCGGCUUGGAGCGAGCGCGUGUCCAUCAACGUGUCGGGGCUGAGGUUCGAGACGCGUCGCAGCACCUUGGAGCGCUUCCCCCGCACGCUCCUGGGCGACGCCUCUCGCCUCCUGCGAUUCUUCGACCCGCUGCGCGACGAGUACUUCUUCGAUCGCAACCGCGACAGCUUCGGCGCGAUCCUCUUCUACUUCCAGUCGGGCGGCAGCCUCCACCGGCCCUCCGUGGUGCCCCACGGCCUCUUCGUGGAAGAGGUGCGCUUCUACGACCUGGGCGCCGAGGCGCGCGGCCGCCUCUGCGAGGAGGAGCGCUGUUCCCGGGAGGAUCCAGACCGGCCGCCGCCGCUGCCGC